CCCUCUCUGGGGAAGCUGUGGUGUCUUCCUACCGACAGGUUGGGGCCAGAACAGUCGGGCCAGUCCCCAAAUAAUCCAGAGAUUUGGUGAGCAGAACUUUAAAGAGGGCUCGUGGAGACAGCUAGGGCCAAGAAGGACUCUCUCAAAGUCCAGAAAGAAGAGGCCAGUUGCGAUGAAUCAAUGGUCCAGUUACCUGCUGGGAUGGAUGACCUUCCUCUACAUCUGGGAGACAAGUGGAGGUCAGAAGGAUUCAUGUGUGUUUCCCUUCGUCUACAAGGGGUCUACUUACUUCUCUUGUAUCAAAACCAACAGUCUGUCCCCUUGGUGUUCGACAAAAGCCGUUUACGAUGGGCAGUGGAAGUACUGUAUGGAGGAGGAUUACCCACGAUGCAUCUUCCCCUUCAUCUAUCGAGGAAGGUACCAUAACAACUGCAUCACAGAGGGUGGCUUCUUCAGAAAGCUGUGGUGUUCCGUCACCUCCAGCUUUGAUGAGAAGCAGCAGUGGAAAUACUGUGAAACAAAUGAGUAUGGGGGAAAUUCUUUCAGCAAGCCCUGUGUCUUCCCCUCCGUCUACAGAAAUAGCAUGAUCUUUGAAUGCAUUGAGAGUGAAAGCAACAGACUGUGGUGCCCGACCACGGAGAACAUGGAUGAGGACGGGAAGUGGAGCCUCUGUGCCGACACUAGAAUUUCUUCACUGGUUCCUGGCUUUCCCUGCCACUUCCCAUUCAACUACAAAAACAAGAAUUAUUUUAACUGUACCAGCAAAGGAUCGAAGCACAACCUUACGUGGUGUGCAACCUCUUACAACUAUGACCAGGACCACACCUGGGUGUACUGCUGAUGCAAAGGGGAGGAGAAACAUCUUCAGAGGAAGACGGACAUACCAAGUGUGGAACCUGCUUCAUCUUUUCCUUUCGAGCUUAAUCACCUUUAGAAAUACCUUGUCCGCCAUUUUGCUUAAUCACUUGGUCCUUUGUGAAGAACAGAGGGGGGAAUUGUGGCCUAAACACCAGUAAAGGAGCCCACAGUUAACCCCCCAUGGGGCUGCCUUUGUGCUUCCUGGAAUGGGAUUCGGUGAGGGACCUGGAAUGCAUGGUGAAUCUCCUGGUAGGAGGUCAGAUUCUCAGCCCAAGGGCCCCUUGGAAGGAACUGCAUCCUGCUAUCUCUUUCCUGGAAACCAUAGAUUUGGGUGGAGCAUUUUUAGGUACUUAUGAAAUCAUUAAUAAAUAAAUUAGUAAGUAAACAUAGGGUAGAAAGUUCAUUGCAAGGGGGCCCCUGGGUGGCUCAGUCGGUUAGGGGUCCGACUUCGGCUCUGGUCAUGAUCUUGCGGUCCGUGAGU